UAGUUGUGCCAAGAGUGUUGCUGUUGGGGCCGUUUGAGAAGGCGGCGGCGGCUCUGCGUACUGGGCUCCAGAUGGAAUCGUCACCGAAUUCCGGGUCGAGGCUCUGCUGUAAGCCUGGUGGGCGACUGGACAUGAGCCACGGCUUCGUUCAUCAUAUCCGACGGAACCAGAUCGCCCGGGAUGACUACGACAAGAAGGUGAAGCAGGCGGCCAAGGAGAAGGCGAGGAGGCGGCACACGGCCGCGCCGACGCGGCCCCGCAGGCCCGACCUGCAGGUGUACCUGCCGCGACACAGAGAUGGCUCUGCUCACCCCAACAGCCGAGACUGUGAGGAGUCUGGGGAAAGCAGCAGCAGUGGCAGCUCCGAACCAGAGCCUUCUGGCCAUCAGCUCUUCUGCCUAGAGUAUGAGGCAGACAGCGGAGAGGUCACGUCCGUUAUCGUGUAUCAGGACGAUGAUCCAGGAAGGGUGAGUGAAGAGGUGUCAGCACACACGCCUCUGGAGCCACCCAUGCAAGAAGCCCUCAAGUUGCGCAUCCAAGAGGAAAUUGCAAAGCGCCAGAGCAGACACUGACCAGGUUGAAGGCAUUCUCUCCAAACUGGAUUCACUGCCCAGGGGGUUCAGCCCUACUUUGGGGGUGCAGGAACAGACCGGGCUGAUCUUGAGUUGAAACACCACCCACCUCCCCAAGCAGCCACAUUCACAGGAAAGGAUGGUGCAGGGACUGUUGCUGGCUACCUCCCUUACAACCACUCUUAUGUGUUUUUUGAGAGUUUCAUUUAGCUAGCUUAGUGUUCUGGGUGCAAGGACUCCAGAGAGAAUAAGGUUUACAGAGCCGUGUGCUACCAUGUUGCUUUCUUGCUGAGGUCCUGUGUUGGGGUGUGUCUUUGUGAGGUUCUGUGUUGGGAUACCUGGCCAGUGCACUUUCAUCCAGCUCUAUGAACCAUACUUGUUAUUUCAGGUUUCUGUUCACCUCUGCUCUUCAUUUCCAUCCAUGGUUUCCUACGUAUUCCUUCACCUCUGUCUUUGUCCUCCCCUUUAUCUUUUAGUCUUUUAACCCACCAGUUCCACCCACUGACUCUGAACAUCCAACUACUCUAGGACUAGGGAGGUGGGCGGGGAGAGUGUCUGCAGGAGACCUCACAUCUCCCAGUAAUUCCCAUAUCAGUAAACCAGGAGAUCUUCAUUCUUGAAGCCUACUUGCAAGCAUGUCUUCCCCUUCCAAAGCUUUUGCAAGUUUCUCAUGCCGCACAAGGCUUUGCACUGUCUAGGCAAGAAGAUCUAGGAAGAUAAUGGGAAUAAACUGCAAGAAAUUCUUGCAGCAGAUAUUUAGGACUACAGAAUUCG